GACAUUUAAGACGAAUAUAACAGGUGGUGAAUCUCACAUAACAGAGAUAUUAAUUUACUUAUAAAUUUUAAAAAAAAAUUGGUACUUGCUUCUUAGUAGUGAAGCAAACAUCAUCAAUCAUGAAAAUUUAUAUAUUCUUAGGUCUACUUGGUUUGGCGUGGGGUCGCAGACGAAACCCGAUGGAAAACCCUGAUUUGUUUCAAGGUGACAUUGCUGGCAUUGAAAACAUUUUCGAUAGAAAUGGUGUUCCUUUAAAAAGAAUGCAAUGGCCACAAGGUAUCAUUCCUUUCAAAAUUGACCCUGGAUUAAAUCACGAAAGAAUUCUGAUUUUGCAAUCAAUGAAGAAUAUUGAAUCAAAAACAUGCAUUACUUUCGUAGAACGCACGACACAAUCUGACUACAUAAGAAUUUUUCCAGGAGAAGGGUGCUACUCUUACUGGGGUCGAGUUGGACGCGAACAACCAGUAUCCUUAGGGGAUGGUUGUGAGUACAUGGGUACCGUCAUCCAUGAGUUGAACCAUGCUAUCGGAUUUGAUCAUGAACAAAACAGAUCGGACAGAGAUGACUACCUCAUUAUAUUUUGGGACAACAUUCUGAAGGGAUUCGAAGACCAGUUUGACAAACUUAAACCUAAUCAGGAGAGAUUAAUUAACAAUUUUGAUUAUGACUCCAUUAUGCUGUACGGUGAGACAGCCUUCUCAAAAGAUGAUUAUUCUAAGACCAUGAUUGCAAAGCAAAAAGGUGUACGACUUGUUGAACCAUUCAACAAGAAAAGACUCAGUGACAGUGACAUCCACAGGAUAAAUGUCCUCUAUGAUUGUCCUAAUAAAUGAUUGAUCUUAUUUAUGAUUGUUUAUAAACAUAAAUAAA